AUGAGUCGCAACAUCACUUCUCUUUGGUGGCCUAACCCACCACGGAUCGACUUGUUAUGGAAUGUCACCACCGACUGUGUGCUGUUCGGAGACUUUGCACACAGCAUCGUCCGCACCUCUCCGGACUUGGACUUUUGCGCCAUCAAUAUCAAUGCCCUGGUUAGUCUGGCUAAGUCCUCCGUGCUAGCCAGUCAUCCGCGCUUGAGAGAAUAUAAUAUCGGCACGCCUCUGCAGAUAGCGUCCUGGUACCUGGCUGGCUGCGGACUGAAUGCAUCUGAUCCAACUUGCGAUACGACCUGCUUGAGUGCUUUGAACUUCAGAGACCAAGUCAGGGCAGAGCUCGACAAAUCUGCAAACAUGACUUGCAUCGGCGAGUUGCGCUCAUCCCUUGGGAUAAAAGGCAACGCUGAUAUUGCAGGCGUUGGAGUAAGCUCGAAGAACAAGCCCUACACCUCACUUGAAGCUAAGUCAUAUCGCCGCUUCUCGUGGCAAUAA